AUGCUUGGCUUGGCUGACGGUCCUCCAACAAAGGAUAAGUCACCAGAUCCGUCAUCAUUGCACCAUGCGGCGCAAAAAGUUGUGGACGAACGUAUUCGUGAAGAACGACGGAAACGUGCUGCUCAGUUGGUGGCUCGACUGAAAUCAUCCAGUUCAUCGGAUCCGUAUGCCAAUGGUACAUUAUCUAGUCCUCGGGUUCAGACAACCACAGCCCCACCACCACCGCCUGAUUCUGUUCCUGCUGCCGUUGCACAUGCGGUGGUGGCCAGUCUAAAACGUCGUCAGGAGGAAUCUCGAGCAUCUGCUGAGGCUGAGGCAAAGAUUACAGUUUGUUUGGUGAAAUGA